AUAAGCUUAUCACACUUGUAUCUCGAUUUUGCUUCAUUCAUCUGAAGAUCCUUCCCAGGGUCCUUUUUUUUUUUUCUUCUUCUUCCUAGGGUUUCGCAUUUGAAUUCCCUGUUUUCUUUUCAAUUUCUGAGAUUCUUAUCGUGUUAUUUCAUUCGUCGGAGUAACAAUUACAUACGCUUGGCCUCCAUGGUUGUAAAAGGUGCUUUGCACAAUUUGUAGGUAUCAUCCCUCGUUAUUAGGCAAUGCCGCCAUUUUUGUCCACCUCAAGGGCACUUCGAUCCUUUGCAUCGCGCAAAGGUGAUCUCAGACAAUUGAUAAGGUCUGGCAAGAACUGCAAUGGCCAGCUUCAUUACCCCUUUGGCUUCCGCACUGGUUCUUCUUCUUCUUCUUCGCCAUUUGUGGGAGCUUUGUGUAAUAAUUCUGUUCAAACGAGGCAGUUUCUUGGAUGUGGAGAUGAUGGAGAGGGUGUUCUAUCCAAAAUUUAUGAGGAGAAGCGCGUUUUGGGGUACUCUCAAGAGCAAUUAUUUGAUGUUGUUGCAGCUGUGGACUUGUAUCAUGGUUUUGUUCCAUGGUGUCAAAGGUCGGAGAUACUUAAACACUAUCCAGAUGGAUCAUUUGAUGCUGAGUUGGAGAUUGGAUUUAAAUUUCUUGUUGAAAGUUAUGUUUCUCAUGUUGAGUUGAAUAGACCAAAGCUUAUAAAGACCACCGUAUCACAGAGUACCCUGUUUGAUCAUUUGAUAAACAUUUGGGAAUUCAGUCCAGGCCCAGCUCCUGGAACUUGCAAUCUGUAUUUCUUGGUGGAUUUUAAGUUUCAAUCCCCACUUUACAGACAGAUUGCAUCAGUGUUCUUUAAGGAGGUAGCAUCUAGGAUGGUUGGUUCAUUUAAUGAACGUUGUUGUGUAAUAUAUGGACCGGAAGUGCCGGUCCUUGAAAACUCAUAUGGGGAAAGGACAUGAAUUUGUUCUGUACUUCACCUUUACUUGAAACUCAACAUGAAUUUAAUUUACAGUUUCAGCAUAAAUUGGGUGGUUUUUUGAUUGCUCGCCACUCAAUGCUGAUUGUCUUUUGGUUAUUGUAAUUUAAAGGCUAUUGAUCGAGUCUUUCUUUUCCCCCCCAAUCCGAAGUUAUUUUUGUAUUUUAAGUGACCAGUUCCUGUUUAUCUUUGUAAAGAUCAUACCUGUACUAUCACUAAUGAAUGAGGUGAAUCCCA